CUGACACCCGGAAGCAGCCGCCGUUUCCUCUGUACCGGGGAAGGCCUUCCUCGCCGGUCGCGGUAACGUUUCUUCGCCCUCCAGUCAUACACAGCCGCCCGGGCUGGCAGUCCAGGCGAGGGCGCCAUCUGGCGGGUCGCUAGGCCGCUGCAGUCAUGCAUGACGCCUUUGAGCAGGUGCUGAUCCUGGAGAAGCUGCCGCUGCAGAUAGAGUGCCUGGCAGCCUGGGAGGACUGGCUCCUUGUCGGCACCAAACAGGGGCAUUUACUACUGUACAGAGUCAAAAAAGAGCAAGGUUGUAACAAGUUUGAAGUAAUACUAGAGAAAUCCAAUAAGAACUUUGCUAAGAAAAUUCAGCAGAUUCAUGUUGUUCCUCAGUUCAAGAUCCUGGUCAGUUUGCUCGAUAACAAUGUAUGUGUCCAUGACUUGUUCACCUUCCAGCUUAUGACCACCCUUUCAAAGGCGAAAGGAGCCUCUUUACUGUCUUGUGAUCUGCAGCAUGCUAAGACGGGUGAAGAAAUGCUAAAGAUGUGCGUGGCUGUUCGAAGAAAACUGCAGCUGUACUAUUGGAAGGAUCGCUCAUUUCAUGAGCUUCAGGGUGACUUUAGUGUUCCUGAUGUCCCCAAAUCUAUGGCAUGGUGUGAAAACUCUAUAUGUGUGGGAUUCAAAAGAGACUAUUACCUGAUCCGGGUGGAUGGAAAAGGUUCCAUUAAGGAGCUCUUUCCCACAGGCAAACAACUAGAACCACUCGCAGUGCCGCUGGCUGAUGGAAAAGUGGCUGUAGGACAGGAUGAUCUGACUGUGGUUUUGAAUGAAGAGGGGACCUGCACUCCCAAAUGUGCCCUAAACUGGACUGAUAUCCCCAUGGCAAUGGAACAUCAGCCUCCUUAUAUCAUUGCCGUCCUGCCAAGGUACGUGGAGGUGCGAACGUUCGAGCCCCGCCUCUUGGUGCAAAGUAUUGAGCUGCAGCGGCCUCGGUUUAUCACAUCCGGAGGCCCAAACAUUGUAUAUGUAGCCAGUAAUCACUUUGUUUGGAGGUUGGUUCCGGUGUCCAUCGCAACACAAAUACAGCAGCUACUUCAGGACAAGCAGUUUGAGCUGGCCUUACAGUUGGCGAAGAUGAAAGAUGAUGCCGACAGUGAAAAGCGCCAGCAGAUCCAUCACAUUCAGAACUUGUAUGCCUUCAACCUUUUUUGCCAGAAACGUUUUGAUGAGUCAAUGCAGGUGUUUGCCAAGCUUGGUACUGAUCCAACUCAUGUUAUUGGGAUGUACCCAGAUUUGCUGCCCUCAGACUACAAGAAACAACUGCAGUACCCUAAUCCGGUGCCGGUGCUGUCAGGACCCGAACUGGAAAAGGCCAACCUUGCUCUCAUAGAUUAUUUGACCCAGAAAAGAAGUCACCUAGUUAAGAAGCUGAACAACACUGAUCACCAUUCUACGACCUCCCCUCUUAUGGAAGGAACCCCGACCAUCAAAUCCAAAAAGAAGCUUCUGCAGAUUAUAGACACCACUCUGCUUAAGUGUUACCUGCAUACUAAUGUUGCUCUGGUGGCGCCGCUGCUGCGGUUAGAGAACAACCAUUGCCAUGUGGAAGAGAGUGAGCACGUGCUAAAAAAGGCGCACAAGUACAGCGAGCUCAUCAUCCUCUAUGAGAAGAAAGGCCUCCAUGAAAAAGCUCUCAUGGUUCUUGUUGACCAGUCGAAAAAAGCCAAUUCCCCUUUAAAAGGUCACGAAAGAACGGUCCAGUACCUGCAAAGAUUAGGAGCGGAAAAAAUUUCUUUGAUUUUUGAGUAUUGUGUAUGGGUCCUGAGAUACCACCCUGAAGAUGGACUGAAGAUAUUUACCGAGGACCUCACAGAAGUCGAGACCCUUCCCAGAGACCUUGUACUUGAGUUUUUAUUGGAAAACUUCAAAGACCUCGCUAUUCCCUACUUGGAACACAUUAUCCUCACAUGGGAAGAUAAGGGCCCUGAAUUUCACAACUGUCUCAUCAAGCUGUAUUGUGAGAAGGUGCAGACUCUCAUGCAGGCUAUAGGUUCUACAUGCAAUGAAGAAGCGGCGAAUGUCCCCGCAGGCUCCGAGAAGGGGGAGUUGGGAACAUUUCGGACUAAAUUGCUAAAUUUCUUGGAAAUCUCAAACUGUUAUCAGCCGGAGCAUCUGAUCAGUGAUUUCCCAUUUGAUGGACUGCUGGAGGAGAGGGCACUACUCUUGGGUCGCAUGGGGAAGCACGAGCAGGCUCUGUUUAUUUAUGUGCAUAUCCUGAAGGACACUAACAUGGCAGAACAGUACUGCCACAAACAUUACGAUUACGCCAAGGACGGUAAUAAAGAUGUCUAUUUAUCUCUGAUCAGAAUGUACCUGUCUCCGCCUGAUGUGCAUUGUCUGGGUCCCAUUAAAAUAAAAUUAGAAGAGCCAAAGGCAAACAUUGCUGCGGCUUUAGCGGUCCUGGAGCAGCACCACGCAAAACUGAAUACAACAAAGGCCAUAGACUUAUUACCAGCCAACACACAGAUCCGAGAGAUUCAGAUCUUUCUGGAGAAAGUUCUGGAGGAGAACGCUCAGAGGAAGAGAUUCAACCAAGUUUUGAAGAACCUUUUGCACGCAGAGUUCUUGAGAGUACAGGAGGAGAGGAUUUCCCAUCAGCAGGUCAAAUGUGUUAUUACAGAAGAGAAGAUCUGCAACGUUUGCAAGAAAAAGAUUGGAAACAGUGCGUUUGCCCGGUAUCCAAGCGGUGUGGUCGUCCAUUACUUCUGCGCAAAAGAUGUCAGCUCGGUGGACUCUUGAAGCUGUCGGCAAAAUUUAAGCAUUUAUGUAUGGUACAAGUACUGCGGCGGGUCCAUGAGGCUGUUACAUUGGAGCAAAGCUCCUGCACUGGAUGAUGGAUCUUUUAUAUUGUACGAAAGACGAUGACUGUUCUGAGACCUCUCUCCUAGACCGGUGGUCUCCAAACUGCGGACCUCCGGCUG